AGGUAUAAAGUCCGGCCCCGUUGCAACACGGAAACUUUCCAGGAUCUCUGUCUCCUGGAGCAGGGACCCAGCACACAGAGCAGCCUCUGGGCCCCUGCUCCUCCAUGGGAGCCCCAGGGAAAGCUCUCAGCACCUCUCACGGUGUUUAUUUAAGGGCUGAAGGAGGGUUGGCGCCUUAAAUCCCCCUGGGAAGAGUCCAGGCACCACGCGCUCUCCCCGCAGCCCCUCUCCCCUCCCCUGCCAAACCUGCAGCUGUUCUUGCCAACUCUCUCCUCGGGGUUCCUGAGGCUCAGGGGAUUUGCGUGCUUCUUGCUUAACCCUCCUGGGUAUGGCACGGAGAGGCAGCAGCCGCUGCAGCCCGCGGGAUGGGUUUGCCUUGAAGCAGCGCUGCCCACGCACGGGGACAAAACCUUAAAUCCUUUGUUUCUUGGAGAUGUCCUCUCCCAGGAGCCAGCUCAGAGCAUCCCCUGGUUUGCAGGAAGGGGGUGGUUGGUAACGCACACAGAGCGGGGCCGUGCCAAAGCGCUGCACUCAGUGGAGCAGUGGGGGGAGAGGGAGCACAACGUGGGGCCAGCGAUGGCUUUCAGAGCAGCUUUGCUCUCCGUUGCACCCAGUUUUUCCUGCCUAGCCAGCGGUGCCUUCUUCUAUCGCAGCAAAACCAACAAGACACGAAAAUGAUCGAGGCCACACCCAGGAAUUAGAGGUGCAAGCCUGAAUUUCCCCCCGUGCGACUCCUCUGAAGGGCAGAAACAAACAGCAGCGCUCUGACCGUGACCGCCAACUGAAACGGCGCGUUCAUGGAAACCCACACCAUAAAUACACAGCUCCAAAAGCGUUAAUGCCAAAAGCCUUCAGCUCACCUCAGCUUAUCUCAGCCCCGGCAGCGGAGCCGGCGCACAGCUUGCAGGCGUGGCGUGAGCAUGGCGUGGAGCUGCAACGCGAGGGUCCAAGCGGGCGCGAUGCUGCUGGCGCUCUUCGGGUGGGUCUCGUCCUGCGUCACCACCUUCGUGCCCCUCUGGAAGAACUUCAACCUGGACUUGAACGAGCUGGAGAUCUGGACCAUGGGGCUGUGGCAGGUGUGCAUCAUGCAGGAGGAGGGGGCCACGGAGUGCAAAGCCCACGACUCCUUCCUCGCCCUGCCGCUGGAGCUGCGCGUGUCCCGCGUGCUGAUGUGCCUCUCCAACGGGCUGGGGCUCCUGGCGCUCCUGUUUGCCAGCGUGGGCUUGGACUGCUGGAAGACGUGCGAAGGAAAACCCGAUGCCAAGAAGCAGCUGCUGCUCGCUGGAGGAGCGGCGUUCGGCGCGGCGGGCAUCACCACUCUGGUGCCCGUCUCCUGGGUCGCCUACACCACAGUCGUCGAGUUCUGGGAUGAAGCCGUUCCCGACAUCGUCCCGCGGUGGGAGUUCGGCGAGGCCAUGUUCCUGGGGUGGUUCGCUGGCUCCUUCCUUGCAGCAGGUGGGUUGCUUCUUAUCUACACCACCUGCCUGAGCUGGACUGGGGCGCCCGCUGCGCCUCCGGCCGCCCGGCCACUGCAGCCAGCGACACACGGCCCGGCCACGGUGUCACCGUGGAGCCACCACUCACACCCCAAAAACGCCGACCUGGUAAUCUGAGGCUGCGGAUUCCGGCUGUUCAGAUUUCAGAGACGGUUCUUACACGUUACGGGAUGAUUUGCUAAUUCCUAAGACUGUUCGUUGCAGCUUCCAUCUGUGUCUGUCUGCUUCACUUUUUGGGUUUUUUUCCCCUUUUUCCAAGCGACACUCGCAAACCAAGCCCAGUGUUGUAAGCCAAGAAGGCAAACACAGAGCAGUAAAGAGCACUUCGUAUUUCUGGCUACAUUUACAGUAUACUCACUGAUUACACUGUGCUGGCAUUCCCUGGGAAUCCCCAGUGUUGGGAAUGUAACUGCUGUAAGGCCUCUGUCCAUGCUGAAAAGCUCAUUCCUUGAAUGUCGGUCUCACUUUGAUGUAUUCUAAAUAAAUUAUUUCAGCCAUCAGCAGUACGUUUCUGUGCCCUGAGAGCAGAACAUCCAACACGGGAUGAGCGCGUGGUGAUGGGUGCGGGCUUUAGGGAACAAGGCCACUGC